CCCCCGUGUCCUGUGACUCCCUGUUGAUGCGCACCCGGCUCUUGGCCGUGGGGAUGGAGCCCUCCGCGGGGACCCCCCGCAAGUGAGCCCCGCUCGCGAAGGCGCGGAGGGGUGGGGGGUGGGGUGGGGAGAAGGAGGCUGCCUCCUCUUGACCCGCAGGACCUCCCGAUCCUGUGCAGCGAGCCCCGGGGUCGCCAUGGGGCUGGAAGUGCAGCCGAGCGGCCCGCCGAAGACGCCCCUCUUCAAGCUGAGGAAAGUUCGCAAGAGGCGGGAGAUGCUCCUGCAGCAGGUCGGCUUCAUCUGCGCGAUCCUAUUCUUCGUCUGGGGCAUGUCCACCCUGCUGUCUAAGCUAGGACAAGAACCAACUCUUGUAGACAGAAAUAUCCUGUCAGAGUUAUGGAGGAAUAGAAGAUUGAUGGCAUCAAAUAAUGAGUCACAUGAAGAAAUGAACUGCACAAAGCCAGCAAUUCACGAAUUUCCUGAUGAUCUAUUCUCAAAUAAGGAAAGGCAGAAAGGAGCAGUAUUGCUACAUAUUAUUGGUGCUCUGUAUAUGUUCUAUGCCUUGGCUAUUGUGUGUGAUGAUUUCUUUGUUCCAUCUUUAGAAAAAAUAUGUGAGAAACUACAUCUGAGCGAAGAUGUUGCAGGAGCCACAUUUAUGGCUGCAGGAAGCUCAACCCCAGAGUUAUUUGCAUCUGUCAUAGGUGUGUUUAUCACUCAUGGUGAUGUAGGAGUUGGAACCAUUGUUGGUUCAGCCGUUUUCAAUAUUCUUUGCAUUAUUGGGGUCUGUGGACUUUUUGCUGGACAGGUGGUCCGUCUCACCUGGUGGUCUGUGUUCAGGGACUCUGUCUACUAUACCAUUUCUGUAGUCGUGCUUAUCGCGUUUAUCUAUGAUGAGAAAAUUGUAUGGUGGGAAAGUCUUGUGCUCAUCAUUAUGUAUUCGUUCUAUAUACUUAUCAUGAAGUACAAUGUGAAGAUGCAGAAGUUCUUUACUAUCAAAAGCAUGAAUGUUGGCAAUGGCAACACUGUCAACAGCGAACUGGAAGAUGGUAAUGAAUCUUUUGACAUUAGCUGUGAUGACCCUUCAUUGCCAUUGCUGUGGAAAGUGAAGGGAACGCAACAGUAUGGCCGAAACUCCGUUGUGAUGGUCGAUGAGAUCAUUUGUUCCAGUCCUCCAAAAUAUCGUUUCCCUGAAGCUGGCUUGCGAAUAAUGAUUACAAACAAAUUUGGGCCGAGAACCAGGCUACGGAUGGCAAGCAGGAUUAUUAUUAAUGAGCGCCAGCGACUAAUUCAUGCUGCCAAUGGCAAGCUGAUCCAGAAUGGGAAGCAUGAGAAUAUCGAAAAUGGGGCUAUCCAUGUUGAUAACCAAGAAGAAGAGCAUGAACAUAUCAACCUGUCUCCGUUUUCACCACCAGAAGGAAAAAUGGACAAAGUCAAGUGGUUACUGACCUGGCCGCUGAUAAUCCUCCUCUUUUUCACCAUCCCAAACUGCAGCAAACCACGAUGGGAGAAUUUUUUCAUGCUGACGUUUCUCUUAUCCACCCUGUGGAUUGCUGUGUUUUCCUACUUUAUGGUGUGGCUGGUUACGGUGAUUGGUUACACUCUGGGGAUCCCUGAUGUUAUCAUGGGCAUUACCUUCCUAGCUGCAGGAACCAGUGUGCCAGACUGUAUGGCCAGUUUAAUAGUAGCAAGACAAGGCUUAGGUGACAUGGCAGUUUCCAAUACAAUUGGCAGCAAUGUGUUUGACAUUCUGGUGGGCCUCGGAGUGCCAUGGGGCUUGCAGACGAUGGUGGUCAAUUAUGGCUCAUUUGUCAAGAUAAACAGCAAAGGUCUAGUCUAUUCUGUCGUCCUUCUCCUGGGAUCUGUAGCUCUUACUGUUGGCGGGAUCCAUAUAAACAAAUGGAAACUUGACAAGAAACUUGGCAUCUACGUGCUCGUCCUUUACGCCGUUUUCUUGUGCUUCUCGAUACUGAUAGAGUUUAAUGUCUUCACUUUUGUCAACUUUCCAAUGUGCCGAGAAGAUGACUGAAAGAAACCGCCAUCGGAUGUCAUCUGUAUCAUUGUGCUAUAAAUGACAGGAGACAUUUUACAUUUCUACCUGCUUCUUAUCCAAAAUCUCAGUGUCUUUCCUGCUUCAUCACCUUACAGGCACUUUUCCUCUACUUGGAAAGAAAGCAGAUGCUUCUUUGAAUAACAAGCUCGAGGCAACCAAAGCAUUUCCCUCUUGCUCCUCUUUGCUGUGGAUCUCAAGCAAAACUUGCUAAAGCUCAGUGGUAUCCUGUUUCAGGCUCAUUUAGGCAGUCAACCAUCCAUCAACAUUCAUAUGAAGCUUGUUGCAGGUGGGGUGGGGUGGGGAGAGACCAUACCUUCCUUUGGCUUUCCAAAUAAGAGGAGAGAGAAAGGGUCGAGAUUUUAUCUUGGGUCCUUGCAAGCAUCUUGGCCGUGGCCUCUAAUGGACUUACUAUGGCAUGCACUACUAAGGACCUCCUAUUUCCCCCCCCCCCUUCAAGUGCUCUGUUUAUAGAGAACUUUCACUGACGCUGAGGAGUCCUUGGUGGUGUUCAGUAGUACUUUGUCACCCUGUUUUUACUUUUUUAUUUUAUUUUUUAAAAGAAAGGUGUGAAAGAUACAGCAACAGUAAGAGAAGGAAAAGGAUAAUACAGCACUACUGAUGACGUGCUCUGAAAAUCAUGGAACCUAAAAUGGGGCUGCCCAUACUUGAAAAUAGCAACAACACAUUGUUCUGCAAUCAGUGAGGAACAAUUGCAAAUAUCAAGCUUGACUAUACAUGGAAUAUUAAGCUUACAAGUCAAAAUGUUGUGCCAGCACCAGUAAGCAUAACCCGUAAUUUUAGAAGAAAACUGAAAACUUAAAUCCUGGGUGCUCAGUCACUAAUUGUGAAGGUAAUCAUCUGAAGAAGAAGAA